UCACACGUACAUACAUACAAACUUGUUAUUCAAGUCCAAUAUUUUGUCUGAGACGCUCAUAUUUAUGUUGAAUUUGCUGCCAUAUUAUUAAAAGACUUUUUAAAAUUAAUAGUGAACUUCUGUGAAAAUUUACAUAAUAACAAAAAUUCACAAUUUGUAAGUUGAAAGUGCAAAUCAAUAUGUACAUAGUAUUAUUUAUUUUGAAGUUAUUUAUUGCAGUUGAUGUUCUACAAGUUGCAACAACACAGAAAGUAUCAAGAUUCAAACGGCAAGACGAAGGAUGGAAUUGGAGUUAUAUUGAUUCGCUAGAGACAACGUCUAAUAGUAAUUUCAAUGGAAGACAGAUAAUUUCAACCGAAGCAACAACCACAACUGCACCGACCACAACCCUACCACCGAAUCCAUGCAACGACCCGCCAUCCGUCCAACCAAAUUUCUACGCUCCAGGCCGCAGAAUAAGUGUUACAAAAUGCUACGAAUAUAUUUGGGAGUUAAAAAACCGAGUAGAUAUAAAUGACAGAGCUAUCAAAUGUAGACAUUAUCAAUAUAAAUAUUUGGGUGUACGCUUCGUCAUCGGAGGUCGAAUUACACUCCCUGGAGAAUUCCCUCACAUGGGCGCUAUAGGCUGGAGGAGCGUCACCGAUGGGUGGUUAUUCAACUGCGGGAGCACUCUCAUUAGCCCCAAGUUUGUACUAACAGCCGGUCACUGUACAAAAGCAUCUCCGAAGGAUACCAGGAUAGCAGACAUAGUACCAAAGAUCAUAAGAUUUGGUGUUAAGAAUCUUAACAGCAACAAUGUAAUUGAUAGUCCUACUGAUAGAAAUAUAUCUAGAAUAAUACCGCACCCGCAAUACAAGCCUCCGAAGCAAUAUUUUGAUAUAGCGUUAAUGGAAAUCGACAAAGAAGUGAUAUUUACCAAAGCGUUACAACCAGCAUGUUUGUGGACCAAAAACGAUGAUAGUUAUGGAAGCGUGGCUACUGUUACUGGAUGGGGCGUUUAUAAAAACGGUAAUCGCAACACGUCUGAAGAACUACAAGCGGGCGAUGUGAACAUCAUAGAUUCCUAUAAUUGCGACCAGUUCUUGAGGUCUUCAUCCAACAGGCACUGGGUUGGAAUAAAGGAUCACCAGCUCUGCGCCGGGAAACUGGACGGUGGUGUUGACGCCUGUCAGGGAGACUCAGGAGGGCCUUUACAAGUAAAGAUCCCAUUACCAGAACCAUACAAGAAAGUUGAAGGUACCAUGCACUAUGUCGUCGGAAUCACAUCGUUCGGUGUCGGCUGCGCACUGCCAAACUUGCCCGGGGUCUACACUAGGGUGUCUAGUUUUAUUGAUUGGAUCGAAAACAUUGUUUGGGCGAAUUAAUAAAAUAUCUUUUUAAAAUAUAACA